CAUUGCUAUCACCCCCGCUAAGAUGCAUGGUGCUUGGUGCAGGAGGAGGAGCUAGCGGGCGAUGAGAUGAUCCUUCGAGAGUCCGUCUCCUCCUCCUCUGGUGUCCGCCUCUCGUCUCGCCUUAUCCCUCUCUCCUCCCCCCUUCCCCACUCGACCCACCCAUGGCCACCGCCGAUGAUGUCCAUCACCUCCACCGCCGGGACCCUGCUCUGCCCGCCGCCCGUCUCCAGGGGCGGAUGGCGCGGAGCGCCCGGAGACGGGGGAGCGGCGGAUUCGUCCGAGCAGAAGUCUGUGGAGAUAAUGCGCAAGUUCUCGGAGCAGUACGCCCGCAGGUCCAGCACCUUCUUCUGCUCCGACAAGUCUGUCACCGCCAUCGUCAUCAAGAAGAAAAAACCUCUUUUUUGCACGGGCUUGCUGACCACAAGGAUCAAUUCGGAGCUCCUCUCUGCCCCUGCAGGCAUUAUGACGACAAGGCCGCCGAGCCGGCCCAAGACUUCUGGAACUGCCCGUGCGUCCCCAUGCGAGAAAGGAGGCGUUGUUAAUUACCUAGUGUUGGCAGCGAGACAGUGAGAGCUGCAACUCCGACAACCUUGAGGAGCAACUCCGAUUUCCUCUGGCUUAACCAUCGUACACAUGAAAGGUUUAGGACCUUGACCAGCUCUUACUACUGAGGGUCACAAGGGAUCAUCAUGGUGAACGAUGUUACUCGCCGAGACACGUUCACAAAUCUGUCUGACAUAUGGGCCAAGGAAAUUGACCUGUAUUCGACCAACCAGGACUGCAUAAAUAUGCUUGUAGGAAACAAAGUGGACAAGGCUCUUAAUCUGUUCCAGCUUACUAGUUUUCUCAGGAGCAAGAACAUAUAAUUGAUAUGCAUAGUCUUCUCUCUCUCACUCUCUGCAUAUUAGUACUUAUGUUCUUCAUAUACGUGCAUG